AUGGGCCUGUGGUUGGCCCUGUGGGUGCUUCUCUACCUGCCGAGAGCCCUCCAGGGCCAGAGCCCACACACUCGGGCGGCCCCCAGCUCUGUUCUGCAGAGUUUCGAAGACAGCAAGUUCCAGGGGGAGUGGUAUGUCCUCGGCCUGGCGGGCAACACCUACAUGGUAGCAGACAGGUCCCUGCUGAGCCCUUUCACGGCAACGUUCACGCUAAAUAAAAACAGCCACUUGGAAGUGGCAUACGCCAUGGUCCGGGUCAGGGCACUAGGUCCUGCCUCCCAGCUCAAGUCCAGGGCCCAGCCAGAGCUCUCCCAGGCACGUCACAGCCCAGAAACACCGUCCCUCGAGCGUGUGCCUCGGGUGCAUUUCGGGUCUGGUUCCAGGCCAAGGAAUGGUCAGCGGGUGGACCUGAUGGAGGCCACAAAUGGGGGCCAGCGCUGUGUCACCUGGUCGUACGAGCUUACUUCGCAGUCCCAGCCUGGGGCGUUCUCGGUGGAUCACAGUGGAGAGCCGGGGGCGGACCCCGAGGAGAUCCAAGUGUAUGACACGGACUACGCGUCCUUCGCCCUCCUGCUCUCCAAAAAGCAGUCGGACCUGCAGAGGAUCCUCAGGGUCAGCCUGCUGUGCAGAAUAUGGGCCAUUCAGACCCCGUUGCUGGACAAGUUCAUCUGCCUGGUCCGAGCUCAGGGCCUCUCGGAUGACAGCAUCGUCUUUCCGGACCUGACAGGUGGGCUUCUGCGCCAGCUGGGGUCUGCCCGGGGCCUCGGAGCCCUGCGGGGGCCCUGCGGGAGCCCGGCCCACACCUGUGGCCCAAGUGUGGGGUCCCAGCUACCCCAGGGUUCAGCCUGAGUCCGUACUGGGGGUCUCAAUGCUCCUUGGUCUCCUCCCUACCUGCGUCCCCUUCCCCGGGGCCACCCCCUCCCCCAGGGUCUCCCUUCCCCUAGGUCCCCCAGUCCUGGGUCACCCCCUCCCACUUGGGUCCCCCUCCCCAGGUCACCCCUCCACACCCAGGUCACC